AUGGACUGCGUGGCUUUCAAAAAUAAGCAGUUGCAACAGCAUUUCAUACCCAUGCAAAGUGUGUCGAUUCCAAAACAUAUAAAACUCGCUGAUCCUAAUUUUAACGUAUCGGCAAACGUUAAUAUGUUAAUCGGGGCCGAGUCCUUCUGGAGGCUCAUUUGUGCGGGUCAGAUCAAACAAGCAAAAAAUCAGCCGACUUUGCAAAAGACACACUUUGGAUGGAUCAUUUCCGGCAAGACGAGCUGGAUGAAUUGGGAGAAUGCCAAGGCUCUCCCUUCUUUCUAUCUUUCUCAUCAUGCUGUGCAAAAUGAAACGAGUUCCACUACAAAGUUCCGGGUUGUAUUUGAUGGCUCAUGCAAGACCACGACCAGACUAUUGUUAAACGACAUUGAGAAUAGGGAUACACCACUGCAAGAAAAUCUCUUCUCUAUUUUGGUAAGGUUCCGAACAUUCAAAAUCGCUCUCACAAUCGAUAUAGCCAAGAUGUAUCGGCAGAUUCUGAUCGAUUCAACCCAGACACCAUUGCAACGUAUUUUCUGGCGAGAGUCACCAGAUGAGCCCAUUAAGACUUUUGAAUUACUCACUGUCACCUAUGGCACGUCAUCAGCAUCAUUCUUGGCUAUCAGAGCCCUGAGAAAGUUAGCGGACAGUACGGAUUGCUAUCCGAUGGCGUCACAAAUAGCAUUGAGAGAUUUCUAA